AUGACCAUUGCUACUGUGAAACGCGAUUCGUCGCCUGUCAGUUCGCGCGCGUUGGGUACCUGGCAGGCACUGGUGGGGUUCCGUUCCAACAGGCGAAACCGAGACAAGGCAGGAUUCCAUUCGAGAAGAACAGAACUGUCAAAACACCACCGCCAGAAAGAGAGAUGGGAGACUGCGCGGGGGGGAUUUGGAGAUGCCUCAAGAGUCCCGUCAAGGUGCGGCGAUGAUCCGAAUUAA